AUGCAAGUUUCUUUUAUUUUUCCCGUAUUAAUUACACUCUCUGUAUACUAUUCGGUUAUUAUUACUAUUAUUAUUGGUUUCUUGAGGGAGUGUAUUACUGUCGUGGUAAUUAAUAUACGUCAGUCUUCUUACAUGAUGAAAAUAACUACGAUAGAAUCAGGGCUCCAAAGAGGGGACUUCAUCAGACGUUUUCUUCCAGCCAACGGAGCUGACGAUUGGUUACAACCUGUUGAGACUUCACUUUUCUACCGGUUAGGCAGAAUGGCUAUUGGUUCAGCAGCAUCUCAGAUAAGGCGUCACAUUACCAUCAAUAAGAGUCAUUCCUAUUAG